UUUAAAUUUAAAAGCAGACUACUGACUUUAUUAGAGCACAGGCAGAUGAGACCUGAAGCCACAAACAAAAUGCUGCUUCUAGCUUCAGCUUUUUUCCUAAUACUACUGCAGUGCUCUAAUGCCCAAAACAAAACAAUUACACCUGCAGACUGUAAUACCGUUGAAACAGAUGCAGGAGUGGCCCUGGAUUUGGUCAACAGACAUCGCAGAAGUGGCUAUGUUUUUGGGUUGUUCCGUGUUACUGAUGCACAUGAACUACAUAUAGGAAAUUCAUCUUUCCUCUACUUAACUUUGGAUGUGCUGGAAACUGAAUGCCCUGUAUUAUCCAGAAGACACUGGGCAUCCUGUGAAUACAGUGACACCUAUUCCAUGGACUUUGGGCAGUGUAAGAUUAUCAUGCAUACAAACCACCUGCUGGAGAAACCUCAACUAUAUGGAUUCAAUUGUACAUUAAGUCCAGUUCCACCAGAUUUAUUAGAGUGCAAGGACUGUCCUGUGAAAGUUGAAAUCUUAGAAGUCACUGAGCAACAUAAAAAUAUUGCUGCGAAGGCCCUGGAAAAAUUCAACAAUGAGGGUAACCACACAAACUACUUCGGCGUGGACAAAAUUGAAAAGAUUUUAAAGAUGAUUGGCUCCCGUGAAGGUCACAUUUUAGGAUUUUCUAUAAAAGAGACCAACUGUUCCAAACCUGCACAACAAGCAGAUCAGGCAUUGGAAUGUGAUUUUCUUGAUGACUGGCACACUCAUGUGGGAUUCUGCAAGGCAAGAAUUAUCAGUGGUUCAGAAGAACCUGAUGGAACAGAUAUAAGCUGUGAAAUCUACCAUCCCUGGAAGCAUGGCUAUGGGAAAAGAUGCAGAUAUUCAGCUCUGGGACAACUGCACAGACAUCCCCAUCAUCAUUUUGGCCACAGACAUCAUCACAGGCAUGGAUGUCCACCCCCUUCUCAGUCCAGACCCGAAGACCCUGAGCAUGACCACAGUUUCAAUGAAGAACAUCAAGACAGCCAUGAAGAAGCUGCUCCUCCUCCCCCCCAUGAUGGACCACAUCACCACCUUCACCCUCCACACCACUGUCCUCCACCUCCUCCCCACGGUGGACCACAUCAUCCCCCUCCUCCUCACCAUGAUGAACCACAUUCUCCUCCCCAAGAAGAAUCACAACAUUCCCCUUCUGCUCCUCCUCCUGAUGAUGCACCACAUCCUCCUCCUCCUGGUCCCCAUCAUGGACCACACUGUCCUCCUCCUCCUCAUGGACCACAUCACCACCAUCCUCCUCCCCAUCAUGGACCACACUGCCCUCCCCCUCCUCAUGGACCACAUCACCACCAUCCUCCUCCCCAUCAUGGACCACACUGCCCUCCCCCUCCUCAUGGACCACAUCACCACCAUCCUCCUCCCCAUCAUGGACCACGCUGCCCUCCCCCUCCUCAUGGACCACACUGUCCUCCCCCUCCUCAUGGACCACAUCACCACCAUCCUCCUCCCCAUCACGGACCACACUGUCCUCCCCCCCCUCAUGGGCCACAUCACCACCAUCAUCCUCCACCCCAUCAUGGACUACAUCACCCUCCUCAUUUCCAUGAUCACCAUUAUAGACAUCACUGCAACAAGACAAACAUGUCAGGAAAGUAUAUUCCAUUCCAAAUAACAGAAGCUCUCUAUCGCAUUCCAGUUCUAAAUCAGCGGGAUUCUCUCACACCUCCCACUGCAAACUUUCUUCAUCUAUUCCAAAGCAACCCUCAUUCUGGUGAAGGUAUUCCUUUCACUAGCUCAAGUCUCAAGGAGAUGCCAGAAGCUCCAGGUUUUCUAGAUCAACUUACACAAUCAAAGUCAUGCCCAGGAAUGCCCAAACUUGUUCUUCCAAAAAUUUUGCCUUUAUUUCCACAUAGCUCCAUGGCAGAAAAAUCUACAUGACCCCAGAGAGUCUGGGUCUCCUGGCUUGAGAGUUGCAGGGCCAAUGACAGCUGUACAGUGAAUGAAAACACCAUGUGGAGAAGGGGGAAAAGGAUAUAAUUUCUAAGAAGCAGCACAAAAACUAAUGCUUAGGUAUUCCAACCUGCCUCUUGAUCCCAUCUAUCUCAGACUCCACUGUAACUGAAAGGCUCUAAAUUCUGAGUCCCUCAGAUAGUGUGAAUGGGUACAAAUCUCCCCAGCAAACAAUAUUCCUUUAGUUCUAACAAAAAAGAAGAUUUCCUAAUAGUCAAAAAUACUAUGUAAAAUCUUUCAUUUUCUCAUAAUUCAUAAUCAUAAUGUACUUCUCUGAGGAAAUCUGACUCAAGGAAAUCUGACCAAUUUCCAUAAAAAAUGAUCCAUAGCACUACACUCACGCUUUAUAAAAAUUCAAAGAAAAUAAAAAUAUGUAUGCUUUCUUUUUUUCUUGA